CUGAAAUCCUUUUUUUUGGAUCUUUGGAUAGAAGUCCUCCCAUUUGGAGGACAUCGGACUGGCAUCGCUCUUCAUACCCCCAACGUCGACCAUGAAGAUACUCUUGGUUCUUCCCUCUCUUGUCGCUCUCUUGACGGCUGUACCGUCGCUGGCUUCUCAGGCGCAAGCGGCGACGGAUGUCUCCUCCGUCAGCUCGACAAGUCAAAGUCUCGACGAUACCGCCCAAGCCGAGCUCGUCGCUAUGAAGGAAGUCAUGUAUGUGAACAUUGUAGACCCAAAGGCAGAUGAGGUCCCUUUCAAUGACAGAGCACCAGAGAUUCUACCAAAAAGAUCUGAUCUUUACAUCACCUUCAGGCACCGUGGGAAGGACUGGGGCCAAACUAUCCCAUUUGGGGUUGGCGAGGAUGCUUGGGUCAAUAUCCCCCUUUUGGCCAAUGCAACAGGCUUGCAGGAGCCUGUUAUUUGCAAGGUCAAACAACCAAGGAAACUAAUGUGGGACAAGACACUCUACACUGCCAAACUCUUUCUUGGAGAGGAUGUCGGUGAAGGAGACGAAACCAUCCUUCACCGCCUAGGAGAGAUCAACGCGAUCCUCAGGAAUGGGAAGGGAGAUGACAGUGGGCUUUGUCUCAAGCUCAGUACAUAUUCAACAGAAUGGGACUCCAUCUACAUUGGCAGACAGUACAAACCAAAAAAAUUGGAUGCCUACUUCACCCUCUUUCUCAAGUUCCUGAAGGUCCAAGUCAAGGCAUUAAAUCUUGGCGGCGCUGGCAUUUUGACCAAGCCAAGCCAACCAGCCAACACGGACUUGCCUACUAUCUCCAUGCUUAAUGGCCGCAUUGAAUUCCCCAAACAGGAUGAGUUCAUUCCACUUGACUGGAAGGCAAAGUAUGUCCCACCCCUCCUCAACAUGCUCCCUGUUACAAAGACAAACAAUCCUAUCUAUAAUCGUCCAAGAUCAAUGAAUCGAGUCCGCCUUGCCUUGGGUUCCGGAGUGACAAGUCCAUACGAGGGAAAAUGGGACAGAGACUUGAGUGAUGCCAGCAUGCAUCGUGUCUACUUUUGUAGCAUGGGAAUGUUCUAUCUUAAGAAGGACAACUCCACCAAUGGAUAUGUUGCUGAUAUGGAAUACUUCAACAAACUCAAGUACAAGAAAGGGUAUGACAGCAUUGCUCACAGGACAUUCUUUGAUGCCAAUGGGAUUAUCACCAAGAUUGAGGAUUCCGAUGGGACAAUGUACCACCCAGGAGACGAGAAUUGGGAAUGGGCCAAGCUCAAAUCUCGAGCCGCUGCCUUCACCUAUGCUUCCUUGGAGCAUGUUACUUCCUACCACUACACUUGGGCAUGCACCCCUGCUUUGGGUCUUCGAAUGUUUCUGCCACCAGCUCAUCCUAUCCGGAUGGCAUUUUCAGCCCACAUGUUCCGAACACAUUACACCUGUGCCAAGGCCAAGGAUUCUCUGUUGUCAGAGGUAGGUGUUUUAGGGCGAAUCCUACCAUUCACCUACAAGGAUGGCCUAGAGAAGGCCUACAUUGAUCUCCUUGACAACUAUACAUUCGUGCCUUACCCUGAAGAGCUGAAGAACAAAGGUCUGGCCAAUUGUCCAUUCCACGUUGGAGCAUCUGAUGGAGUUGCACUCCACAAAGUCAUGAUGGACUAUGCAGCCAAUCUUUUUGAUGAGGUUUAUGGAACUGAGGCAAAUCUUCAAGCAGAUGGGGGCAUGCGAGACCUUCAUGAUUGGAUGAGACGUAAAAUGAGAGAUCUUCCCAAAGACUACACUAUGGCCCACAUGAAAAAGAUUUGGGGUGAAAUCCUCUUCCGAGUGACUGGGGCACACACGUCAAUUGGCAAUGCUGUUCCAUAUGCUAUCGACCCUCUUGUGGUGAACUUUCGCUUGCAAAAAGAGGACAAGGGUAAGGCUUAUGGAAGUGAAGAAUGCAAUGCUGGAGUUGCAGGUAUCACUGGUUUGACCAUUCCAAGUGAGUAUCCAACAUUGUCUCAGGACUGGUCUCAGGUACUAAAGAAUCCCAAGAGCAAGGCAUAUGCCCAACUUCAUGUGGACUUGAAAGCUCUCGGUAAGAAGAUUGAUGCAGAGAAUGACAAGGUUAACAGCCAGAGCACCAAGAGGCGAUUUGUGAACAGGGAUUUCCAUCCCGAGCAUGCAGCGCUUUCUACUUUUGCGUAAUGAGUUGACUACAUGUAGGAGUUUGGCCUCCGAUAUCGGCGCAUCGGAAGAGAUUGCAGCCAGUGCCAGACAGAGACAGAAGGACCAGGUCAAAUCACAAACGUACAACUGCGAUAAUGGUGUCCUCCCGUUUCUGAAGAACCUAAGAAAUAUUCAAAAUGCCAAGAGUACACGAGUAAUACAGAAUGCGUUGGGUCAAAUCCUGAUCAGCUUCUAACUCAAACUGUACUACCGAAUAAUCAGUUACUCUAGUCUAGCUACGCGCCUUGAUAGUAUCCCUCCCUGGCCAGCCAGGAUUGGAUGUAUGAUAACCCACUCAUUCG